UUCAAAUAUUGUUGUGGACAAUGUGGGGGCCUUGAGGUCCAAAAUAUUAGAACUGUUUUCAUAGAGACUUGUGGCUUUACUAACCUCUAGAACCUGGUGUCAGAUCCUUCUCCUGAAGGACCUCCGGGCUGUCCUGCAGAGUUUUGGUCCAACCCCAAUUGAAAACACCUGAACCAACCAAUCAAGGUCUUACUAGGGGUGCGCAAAUCCUGGAGAGCCACACCCCUUGUCCAAGUACUCGCACUUGCAGUCUUCGGACUUGACCACUUGACUACUUGCAUGACGUAUUUCAUAUAUUUGGUCCAAGUGUUGAAGUGAGCAUGAAGUGUGUGUACUUUUCAUUACCUGAUAGGACGCACUUAUAGAGUUUUAAAAAUGCAAAUGUUUACAGAGCUUUAUUUUUAUUUUUCAAUACUUUGCAUUUUAAUGUCAACUUCUAAAUGUCUGUUCAGUAGUCCCCAUAACAGAUCACACAAUUAAAUUGUGUGGUGCUUCUAAUUAAAUGAUAUAAAGCAGUUGCAAAUGUUUUACAAAAUAAUUAUCAUCACUUGCGUAAUCAUUUGCACCAAUAAAACGUGCAGCUCUUUGUUUUACAACCGAAUUAUAUGUAGCUGAUAUCUAUUUAUUAAUAAAAUUUAAUAUUAACUACAUUGAAAAGGUUUCCGUUACCUCUCGCAAGAUCUCGGUAAAAAGUCUAACGAUUUAUUUCCACAACAUGAUGCAUGAUACACUUCGAAUACCGAUACGGAGCGGUAUUGUGGAUUUAUUAUGUUAUGGGCAAUGUGCUUUGGCAUUUGCACAGUUACUUCCUGUCGCACCCACACGCUCUCAAGUGGCUAAGACCACAAGUGUGUGUAUUUGGACAAGGGGACUGUCCUGCAGACUUUAGCUCCUACCCUAAUCAAACACACCUGAACGAGCUAACCAAGGUCUAAGCGUUACUAAAAAUCAGCAGGUAGGUGACUUUUAUCAAGGUUAGAGCAAAACUCUGCAGGACUGUGGAUCUCCAGAACCGACGUUGGCCACCAGGCAUACUAGAAAUUUCAUAUAAAUAAUACAAAUUUUCAUAGGGAGUUGUGUGGAAGCAAGUUGGAGCUAAACUUUGCAGGACAUAUUCCCUCUAGGACGGAGUUUGGGACACCCCAACCUAAAAACACCCUAGCUAAUGCAUAGACACAUACAGAAGCUUAUAACACCUUAACAACUGCAUAGCAGCACACUAAAAUGACCCAACACAGGGGAACAGCAACACGCUACAACCCAGAUAGCAUAAGUACUUCUGUUAAAGAUCACUUCAACUGGAAAGCAUCUGCUGGGUACAAACAGUUUUACAUGCAUUCUGAAUCAUAAACAUCUCACAAACGACAUCUGAUGGGAAACGGCGUAUAGAGGUAUUGUAGAUAAGCAAAUCUAAAGUCAAAUAGAUGUGUCUGUGCUAGCAAUAGCCUAGUAACUGCAUAGCAACGCACUAAAAUUGCCUGGCAGCCACUAGCCAUGGCAUGGGAACCACACACAAGUCUUGCACGAGCAAGCACAAAUGUGCUUUUUAUUUGAUUUUUUUAGCACUUCAGAUGUCUCAUUUAUGUGGAACCAGGAGGUUUUAGUACAUGCAGCGCCUUAAAACAGGUCACACUUGACUGCACUGAGAAGCCUUAAACUACCUAAUUCUUAUUAUUGACUGAAUAUGCAAUACUAUAUAAUCCGUACGUAUAAUUUCCCCUUUCUUUGCAAUGUAGGCUACUGCAGGGAAAUUAAAAUGGGUUGCGGUGAGAUACAUUACUGACGUGGAAAUAACUGCGCGUGCAUAAAAACGGGAUCGCUUUUAGGCGGAUGGCAGACAGACCCUUCUCGACCUGUUUGUAAACGAAGCAGUGUGGCACGCGCGAACGUUUUCCCGCGUUUUCGCUUCAGCAAGGCUUGUUUUGAGAAGAAUGUGACGGUUUCAACGAGCAGAAGUGAUGGGCCUGCAUCUUUCUAGCAGGAAGGGUGUGAGCUCUUGGUGGUUUCCUCUUGAGUAGUAUCUGAUGAGUGAAACCAGUAGUGGGUGCUUUGGGUGUGUUCACUUAGUAGGUUUGUGGUCUACUGAACAAGACAGAAAUAAGGUCGAAAUGUUUGUGCAACAUACACUUUUACAGGUGCUUUUUGCACCUCCACGCACGACGGUUAUUACGUAAAUAUUUUUCCUCAUGUUUUUUUUUUUAUUAUUUUAUUUUUUUAUGAAAGCACCAUUAAACGUCCUUAAUGCUUAUUCUCCUGCUCCGUUAGUCUACUGAAACUGAAAUACUUUUGCUGUUGUGGGAAGUGGUCGAUUUUUGCAUAUUUAACGUGCAUAUUUCUGACCCUGCAGGCGCGUGCGUGCGUGCGCGAGUGUAUGUGUGUGCGUGAAAUGUAUGAUCUUGGCUGCCUUCAUGUGACUGCGUUUCCGUUGCUUGCUUGCUUCCGCAAUUACUAAAGACAUUGCAGAGAUGCAGAUGUCAAGCACUUUGCAUCUCCGGAGAGACCAAGCCAACAGAACCUCCCCGCAAACCGAUGUAAUGGUCUUCUGUGAACUUCACAGAGGAGCGGAGGGCGCGAUCCUGGCCACUGGGUGAUCAUGUUAAGAUGCCGGUGUUUGAUCACUUGUCCAUCGUGCUCUGUCAUGCAGUGGUGCCACUACUGGUGGUCCUGCUUUCAGCCUCAGGACAUCCGCAGACCUUCCCCUGCAGGCUGAUACGAAGCACGGCUCGGUGCAACAGCUAUCAGCUCUCUGCCAUACCAGAUCAUUUACCACAUCAAAUUGAGGAGAUCUUUUUAGACAAUAACCUUCUGUUAAAUCUUCAAGAUGGUUGUCUCUCCCGGUAUCCUCUUCUACGGACGUUCAGCUGUGCGAACAAUCAGAUAACGGGGGUGGAAGAGCGUGUGUUCUCUGAGUUGCCUCUUUUAGAAGACCUCAAUUUAGCCAACAACGAGCUUUACCAUGGACACAAGCAAGUGGCCGAGUCCUUAAGCUCUCUGUCCCAACUAAAGACCCUUGAUCUUUCAGGUAAUGGCCUCUCGGAGGACAUGGUGUCUCUGCUGGUACAGAAUCUGUCCUCGCUUGAGUCUCUAUACUUGUCCCGGAAUGCCAUACUGAGGCUGGAUGAGUCAACGUUCAGAAACCUUCAUCAGCUCCGGGAGCUGAACGUUGAGAGAAACUUGUUGUUUGAGAUCGAUGGAGCAUUUGAUCAUAUGAAAAAGCUCCAAAGGCUGAAUCUGGCCUUCAACUGCUUGCCAUGUUUGGUCAACUUUGAAAUGACCCAACUGCUGGUUCUAAACGCCAGCCACAAUUCCAUCGAAUGGUUCAUAACCAAUCAAAAUUUGACUGAAACCUUUCAGCUGGAGACGUUGGAUCUGUCUGACAACCAUUUGCUGUUCUUUCCAUUCCUUCCAACAAAAAACAGAAUAAGAACUUUGCUGUUGUCCAAUAAUCGAGUUAGUUUUUACCAACACUUAUCAAAUUAUACGUCUUCAAACUGGAGCACUAGUGUUGAGUACUACAACUUGGGGCAAAAUGUAAGCAGCAUCACAGUAGAGCUCUGGAAUGAGAACCUUCACGGUGAUCUUUCCUCAGUAGAGAUCCUGGACCUGAGUGAAAACAAGGUUAACUACUUCCCUCAGGGAUUCAUUCAACAGAUGCCACAUCUUUACUGGCUGAGGCUGAGAAGUAACUGUUUACAGUCCUUCAGUUUGACGCCUGAAUAUCUACCAGUCACCCUUUAUGAACUGGAUGUUAGCCGAAACCGGUUAACCGAGUUGAAAGCAAGCAAACACUCUAUUAACAAGCUGAACAAUCUCACACAUCUCAAUCUAAGUACAAAUGACCUUCAGAACCUCCCAACUAGGAUUUUUGCUGGUCUACCAAAACUUCAGACACUAGAUCUCAGUCACAACACUGUGGAUGUGUGUUACUUGCCGCGUUCCUCAGGAUGUGUUGUGUGGUCCAACAUCGUUUCCCUAAAACAGCUCUAUCUUGCCGGGUGUAGCAUUCAGAACAUCCCAUCUUCAGCGUUCAAGGGCACGCCUCUAACCCAUCUCGAACUUUCGAACAAUCCGGACCUAAACCUCAAACAGGACUCUCUGGAAGGUCUCGCUAACACUUUGCAGCACUUGGGACUUGGUAAUACUGGUCUUCAAGACUUUGACUUCUCUUUAUACGGCCAUUUGAAGAGUUUAAACAUCAGUAGAAACUCACUACCAGAACUUCCUGAAUCUCUAAUAGCAUUAAACCUGAAGCUUCUGGACUUGAGGGAUAACAUGUUGACAACCAUCCCGUCCCAACAUGCUGGCAUGUUAGCUGAAAGACUGCAGACUGUUUAUAUGAAUGGAAAUGCCUUCAACUGUUGCCAUUUAGACUGGUACAGGACCUUCGGGGAGAAUAAAGGCAUCAGUAUUGUAGAUCUCUCAGAGAUUACAUGUUUGGACUUAAACCACAGGCAUCACAAGGUCGUGCUUUUGGACGCCAUCCACUGUGGUGGUUCCAGCAGUGAGGAGUCUGUUGUCUGGUACAUUCUUCUCUUUGUAACAGUCAGUGUUUCCAUCAUGGGUAUAUCUGUCAUUUACAUGCUCACCUUUAACCCAAGAAUAUUGCCCCGUGCUAUUAAAAAGAGAUGCUGGAGGCCGGCUCCUUAUUGAGAAGCAUGCUAUUGUAAAACUAAGGAAUGAAGAGGCUAACAUGUUAAAUAUGCUCUCAAAGGUUGCUACUUUCAGACAACUGGACAUAACAGAAGAGAAAUAUGAUAUUAAUGUGAAAGAUUUAGGCCAUAUUGGUCUCUAAACAUGAAUGUAUUUAAUUUUAUCCUCAUUAAAAUGCAUGAAAAGCAUUUGGAUACUGGAUGGUUUGAUAUGUGCCUUUUAAAGAAAAGUUGCAAUUAUACUUUGAGCCAUGAUAUUUUAUAUUUGCAUUUAUCCAUUUGGCAAAUUGUUUUUUUUUUUUGAACAGUGCACUGGUAACGUUAUUUUAAAAUAUUGUUAUUAAUGUCUAUUUGUAAUGAAAUAGACAAGUUUUCUUGUCGUGGUUACAACAUUAUUUAAAGGUUACGAAAAUGUUUCAUAGAACCUACAUCAAGUUCAAAUAAGAACAUUUCCUCUCAACAUUAUGAAAAUGUUCAAGUACAUAUAUCACAAGGACAUUCUGAGAAUGUUGAACUCAGAAAGUUUUCUCUCAAUGUUAUGUAAACGUGUAUAUAUAAUAUUAAUAAAAGUUAUUCAAAUGGUCCAUGAAAAUU